CUAACCUUGACAAGCGAGCAAAACUCUUGUGCUUUUGGUAUGACGGAAAAAGCCUUGCAUUAAAUGAUUCCUGUAAAAAUAAAUCGGUAACAUUAACUAGGACUACCAGUAUUUGUCCCGACAGUUGUUGUGUUUCUCAGAUGAUCUGUUUUAGUGCGAAAAACUUCACAUUGUAGCUAGCUAAACGAAUGGCUAGCACUUACCAAAUCAUUUCUUCACUCUAUUGGUUUUCUACACGUGAAAAUCGCAUGCUUUCCAAAGAUGAGGACCCCUUUUCUGCUUGUCACUAGAAGCUGUAAGGCUAUUCACAGACUGCAACAAAGUGCAUUUGUCUCACCGGUUUCAGCUCUAUACAGACAUCAGACGAUCUCUGUGUUGAGAAAUGCAAGCACUGUUUCCUGCGAAGACGACAGGAGUUACUACAUAACGACCCCCAUCUUCUAUGUCAAUGCCUCUCCUCAUUUAGGACACUUGUAUUCAGCUGUGAUAGCUGACUGCUUACACAGGUACAAGCUACUGCAGGGCUUCAACUCAAAGUUUGCAACAGGCACAGAUGAACACGGCUUGAAAAUCCAACAAGCUGCUGAAGCUGCAGGAAAGGAUCCCCUGACAUUUUGCACCGAUGUGUCUGAGAGAUUCAAACAUCUCUUCAACAGCUGCAACAUAUCGUAUACAGACUACAUAAGAACCACUGAGCAGAGACACCAUCAGGCUGUGAAACACUUCUGGUCAGUGCUCUGGAACAAAGGGCUCAUCUACAAGGGCAGUUAUGAAGGCUGGUACUCCACCCAAGAUGAAAGCUUCCUCACGGCGUUGCAGGUCGGGGACGCUGUGGACUCAUCAGGGAACGAGAUCAAAGUAUCGCUGGAGAGUGGCCACAAGGUGGAGUGGAUGAAAGAGGAGAACUACAUGUUCCGUCUGUCUGCGUUUCGCUCUCAGCUGCUCGACUGGCUCAAAGGAAAUCCCCGGGCUAUACAGCCUGAGCUUUUCUACCAGUUUGUCCUCAAGUGGCUGCAGGAUGACCUUCCUGACCUUUCAGUGUCCCGCCAGAGAAGCCGCCUUCAGUGGGGCAUCCCGGUCCCAGGUGAUGCUGAACAAACCAUCUAUGUGUGGCUGGAUGCUCUUGUGAACUACCUCACUGUGGCUGGCUAUCCAGAUAAACACAACCAUUGGUGGAACGUGGCCCACCACAUAGUUGGAAAAGACAUCUUAAAAUUCCAUGCCGUCUACUGGCCAGCUUUUCUUCUCGGAGCUGGACUGCCGCUGCCACAAACAAUCUACGUGCACUCUCACUGGACCGUAGGAGGAAAGAAGAUGUCUAAAAGUUUGGGUAAUGUGGUGGACCCUCUUGAACGCUCAAAACAGUUCACAACUGAUGGUAUGCGGUACUUUCUUCUGCGUCAGGGUGUCCCAGACUCGGACAGUGACUACACAGACGACAAAGCUUUCAAGUUGCUAAACACAGAGCUGGCUGAUUCUCUGGGCGGUCUUCUGAACCGCUGCACAGCUCCAGCUCUAAACCCAGCUCAGGUCUACACUGCCUUCUGCCCUCAGUCCUUUCCAAGUGAACGGGGAGGCAGGGCUGUGGGUGAAGACUACCACAUGUUGGAGGCUGUGAAAAACCUCCCUGCUGUGGUGGAGCAGCACUAUGAGAGCAUGCAUGUUUACAAAGCUCUGGAGGCCAUCAGUGCCUGUGUGAGGCAGACCAACGGGUUUAUUCAGCGCCAUGCACCUUGGAAGCUGGAAAGGAGUGACAUUACAGACCAGCACUGGCUCGACACCAUCAUCCAUGUCUCCUUCGAAUGCCUGAGGAUUUAUGGCACACUCCUCCAGCCUGUAGUGCCGGAGAUUUCUGACAAACUGCUCUCCAGACUCGGGGUGCAACCAGACGAGAGGGGCUUGGCUGAUGUGAACUUCCUGCCAAAGAUUAGGGGAAUGGACUGUCCGUUUGAAGGGAGAGUCCUAGGAUCUGACACUGGAGUGCUUUUUACUCGCUUGGAAAAUCUGGAUAUAGAUAAACAAAACCAUAAGAAAACAAAGAAGGCUAAAAAGUGAAAUGAGGAACAGUUUUAUUUCCUGUACUGAUUUAAUCAAUAAAGAAAUAAAACUUC